CUUUUACUUCGAUCGUUGACGAGGUCAAGUGUCCAUCCCUCUUCCUUCUCCAAUCUUGCAUAUAAUAAUCACUCUUCUUCCCAUCAUUUUUUCAAAAAAAAAUAUUCCUUUGAUUGUCAUUUGUUUUUUUUUUCAUAACUCGUGACCAGGUUCUCUCUAACUAUCUUUCUUACCAAGACAAGGAGCAAUGAAGCCAGGAUCAGGAGCAUUUGCGUUGAAUCCCCAUGCAACGUCAUACGUACCACUCUAUAAAAGAGUUGAUCAUCAUCAUGACAUGGACGGUUUGCUGUUUGCCAACCCCACCACACAAGAUUUAAGUUUUGAAGACGUUCAAGUGUCGAUGCCCAACAUUUCAUCUGAAGUCGCGUACAAGCUGAUAAGGGAUGACGAUGAUUUCGAUAUGGAGAUGGAGAUUGACAUGGAUAUUGAAUACCUUCUUGUCACAUUCUCUGGUCUCUCUCAAGAGUCUAUUACUGAUGUUUACCUCGCCAAUAGUGGUGAUCUUGAAGCAACCAUUGAGAUGCUCAAUCAGCUUGAGAUAUACAGCAAUGAAGCUCAAGAAAACCUCCCAGAGACUCUGGAUAUUGGGGUUAUGUGUGAAUCAGCUGGCCUUCAACUUCAAAAUGCUCAACACAAAAGAAGGUAGCUACUGAGGUCGCUGCAUCAUCAUCAUCACCAUCGGUUAUCCCCAGUGCACCUGUAUCGGCCUGAUUUGAAGAAUCAUUGGUUGUGCAGUUUAUUUUAUUUUAUUCUUUGUAUGAACAACACACCCAUAAUAAGUACAGUGACUGGGGGUUAACGUUGUGGUAUCAAUGAACUUGAUGGUAAUCUUAUAGGGUAUAUGAUAUGAGAGUGGCUAAGUGAAAUGAUAUAAUGUAUAGUUUUUUUUUUUUGUGGAAUGCAAAUAUGAGUGAUGUGUUGUUUGGCAAAUUAGUUUCCUCUUUUGCACCCCACCC